GCAGCUGUGACAUCCAGAUCAGGUUCAAGCCACGGCUGAGGACAACAACAACACGCUGAGUGGCGGCGAGAGGCGAAGGUGUGCUAUGCAGCCUGAAGAAUGGGUGUCCUCGAGAGCAUGAGGGUGGUGCUGUCCACCAGAAGUUUUCUACAGCUGGGCCCAGCUGUGUCCUGUAAGAGGGUGCCCACUGCUAGCACCACUCGGGUUCAAGAAACAAACCAUGAUCUGCUCUUAAAUUUUCGACGCUUAACAUUAUCCCCUACUGAGGCCUAUUUGUCAUCACAGGUCCAAGCCAAAGCCUCAGCAAGCCCUCUCACAAAUGCUACAGACUAUAGAUUACCAUCUUUGGUGAAACCAGUCUCAAUUACUGUUCCCACACUUUAUAAUGAAGUGAUGAUAGAGAAAGACCUUCCUUCAAUUCUGAAUAUCAUGGAGAAAAUUGAACCACUUGGCCCACAGCAACCAGUGGAAACACCUUCUGCCCAGGUACCUGAGAAACAAGCAGCCAGACUGAUAGUAAUCAGAAGAAAGAAAAUGAAGAAACACAAAUUGAGAAAACUACGAAAGAAGAUGAGGUUUGUGUUGCUGAAGAGGCGGCAAAAGAGAGAAUAUAAGAAAGAAAAACUCUUCCAGGCAACCCAGAUGGCCAAAGUGCGUAAAUUUGAGUCCUUUGAUGCUGUUAACUAUGUGAGAGAUGUCCUGCAGGUCACCAAGAUAAAGCCUACCCCACGGACCUUUAAGGGCAAGCGACUACCGGAGUUUCUCAUCAAGGAAUUGAUGGAAAAGGAGAGAUUAAAAAAAAUUAAGAAUAGGCAAGAAUCUCUGGAGAGGGAAGAACUGAAGAUAAUUAAGAAUAACUAUACCAACAAGCUGUGACCUGUACCCAUUACAGCAGUGAGGCAGAACAGUGAAAAUACGUACAUCAGUUAAGUCACUGGUUUUAUUGUAUAUAAUAAAAAAUCUACAAAUAAU